AUGGUUGAAGAUUCAAGAGUAAGAGAUGCCAUAAGAAAUGGUGAAGAAAAAGCAUUACCUGCGUCUUUAGUCCCUCAAGCACCAACUGUUCUCACCUCCAAGGAUAAAACCACACAAAGACUAAUCGUAGUCUUAGCUCAGGCUUCUCUAGAAACACACAAGAUAUCGUCCCAUGGCCCAGGUGGUGAUAAGUAUGCUCUGUUGAACUGUGAUGAUCAUCAAGGUAUUUUGAAAAAAAUGGGUAGAGAUAUAAGUGAGGCUAGACCAGAUAUCACACAUCAAUGUCUGUUGACUCUAUUGGAUUCUCCCAUCAAUAAAGCUGGUAAAUUACAAGUCUACAUCCAAACAAGCAAAGGUGUUCUUAUUGAAGUCAAUCCAACCGUCCGUAUACCAAGAACUUUUAAAAGAUUCUCUGGACUAAUGGUUCAGCUAUUACACAAAUUGUCGAUUAGAUCCGUCAAUUCAGAGGAAAAAUUAUUGAAAGUUAUCAAAAACCCAAUCACUGAUCAUUUACCAACAAAAUGUCGUAAAGUUACUCUAUCCUUUGAUGCACCUGUCGUGCGUGUACAAGAUUAUAUUAAGAAAUUGGAUUCUGAUGAAAGUAUUUGUAUAUUUGUCGGUGCUAUGGCAAGGGGUAAAGAUAAUUUCGCUGAUGAAUACGUAGAUGAGAAGAUUGGGUUGUCCAACUAUCCUUUAUCCGCAUCUGUUGCCUGUUCUAAGUUCUGUCAUGGUGCUGAAGAUGCCUGGAAUAUUUUAUAA